UAAGGUCUUAGCCGAUGAAGAUUGCCCCGCUCCAGGCACCGGCGGUCCUGUCUGCGGCAUCCCCAGUGGUCGCCACAAGGUCCCAAGUCGUACUUGCCAGCUUCAACUUGUGGGCGGUCGGGAUCACAGUUGUGAUUGGGGGGCAGUACUUUUCGUGGAAUGCAGGGUUGUCGGCCGGCACCGUCAGCUACGGCAUUGCGUCGAUUAUGAUGGGAUUCGCCUACCUCUCGCUGUGCAUGAGCAUGGCGGAAGUGUCGAGCAUGGUGCCGUUCGAAGGCGGCGCGUUUGGCCUCGCACGGUGCACGUGGGGGUUUUACGCCGGCUUUAUCGUGGGGUGCUGCGAAGCGGUGCAGUAUAUUCUGUACGUCACAUGCGCGUUCGUGGCGCUGGGGCGCAUGGUGGCGCAGUUUUGGCCGCUCAUUGCCGACCACCAGUACAUCUCGUGGGGCAUCAGCUACGUCCUGUCCAGCGGGAUGCUCAUCGUGGGCGGCAACGUGUACUGGCGAUGGAACAUGGCGCUGGCCCUCCUUUCGUUUUCCAUCUUGAUCGUGUACGUGUGCGGAUCGUUACCGUACGUGGACAUCGCGACCCACGGCGGCGGCACCGCCCUCCACUUUGUCGGUGGAUUCAACCACUUUAUGGCCGUGUUUCCUCUUACUGCAUGGUACUACGUCGGCGUCGAGUCGCUCAAUCGGCUGUGCGCUGAAGUCGUCGAGCCACGCAGGUCGAUUCCCAUGGGCCAAAUGGCGUGCAUGUACACGCUCUUCGCCACGUCGAUCAUGGUGUUCUUCGUCACGAUCAGCGUUGACCCGGGCAUGCCGUCCGUGGCGACGUCGCUCGCCAUCAUGAAUCCUGUGUUCAACAAACUGUUCAACUGCACGGACGAUAUCUCGACAUUGCUGGCACUUCCCGCCACCUUUGCCACUGGCCAAGGAUUUGUCCAAGCAUACAUGAAGAUCAUUUCGUGCAUGGCCGGGUCCAAGUUGAUCCCUGUCGUGCUGCACGAGAAGCACCCCAAGUGGCACACUCCUGUGUACGCGAUAGUGGUAGCGUCCUGCGUGAGCUUUGGCCUGUGCUUCGUCGACUUCUACGCGUCGCUCGAUACGACCGUGUUCAACACAUGCAUCUUCCUCGGGUGUAUAUCGUACCUGUCCCAGUGCGUCGGGUACCUCUACCUGAAGAAGAACUUUCGAUCGAUGGAGCGCAAGUACAAAAGUCCAUUCGGCCGCGCCGGCGCGAUUUACGCCAGCGCUGUGUGGCUCUGGACGAUGGUUUCCAUUGCCAACUACCAAGGCGACGGCCACACGAGUGUCUUGAUUGCCGUCGGUGUCCUCGGGGUGUGCACCGUCUACUACUACGCUGUCGCGAAAGAGAGGCAGACGAUUUCAGAAGAAGAGCGCAAAGCCCUGUUCUUUGCCCACGUGUCGAAGCACAAUCUGUCCAAGCGACGGACUCGUACCCUCCGACAGAAAGCCAAGUCAUGGAUUCACUCGAAGGCAACCUUUGUAUUCAAGCGCAUGCCCCAAAUCAAGUCGUCUUCGUCCAACACAAGCUGUGUGCACUCGCCGACCGCCAAAGUCAAGUCGCCCAACUUGAAGGAUCUCAACAGGACCGCGUCGGUCAGGAACGCGACGCCCGCCAGUCCAAUCAACCAAGUCGUCGGCAGUCCGUCCUUGUUCGCAUUACAAUGAGCUCUCCGUCGACUUCUCCCCGACCGUGGGCGAGGCCUCCCCCAUUC